GGCUCAUCGUUUCAUUUGUUUCCAUUGCUCUGCGUUAAUUCUGUAAUUUGCAGAUAUGAUAUUUGAAUGCCGUGGGAACGGUGUCUCAACACUCUUUGUUUAAUACAUCGAUGUAGGAUUAAGAACACAAGUCAUUUCAUCUGAAGAAAUAUCCGUUGGUCUUCAGAGUUAAAUCACUCUGCUAACCCGCACACAACCUAAAACGAGCCAAGACGGGCCAGAGUCAAAGCGGAGGACAUGGACCAGGAGGUGGAAAGAAAGAUGACAAGGACAAGAAAAAGAAAUAUGAGCCACCCAUUCCAACCAGAGUGGGCAAGAGGAAGAGGAAGUCCAAGGGCCCUGAUGCUGCUAGCAAGCUGCCCUUAGUCACCCCUCACACACAGUGCAGGCUGAAGCACUUGAAGCAGGAGAGAAUUAAAGACUACCUGCUGAUGGAGGAGGAGUUCAUCAGGAACCAGGAGCAGAUGAAACCUCUAGAGGAGAAACAGGAGGAGGAGAGGUCAAAAGUGGAUGACCUCAGGGGAACUCCUAUGUCUGUGGGGACCCUGGAGGAGAUCAUUGAUGACAAUCAUGCCAUCGUCUCCACAUCUGUUGGCUCGGAGCACUAUGUCAGCAUUCUGUCAUUUGUCGACAAAGAUCUGCUGGAGCCCGGCUGCUCUGUUUUACUAAACCACAAGGUUCAUGCAGUCAUAGGGGUUUUGAUGGACGACACAGACCCUCUUGUUACCGUCAUGAAGGUAGAAAAGGCUCCGCAAGAGACAUACGCUGAUAUCGGUGGACUGGACGGUCAGAUACAAGAAAUUAAGGAGUCUGUGGAGCUGCCGCUGACCCAUCCAGAGUAUUAUGAGGAAAUGGGGAUCAAGCCUCCUAAAGGGGUCAUUCUCUACGGCCCCCCUGGAACAGGUAAAACCCUCCUUGCCAAGGCAGUGGCCAAUCAGACGUCUGCAACUUUUUUGCGGGUUGUUGGUUCAGAGCUGAUUCAGAAGUAUCUCGGCGACGGCCCUAAACUAGUACGUGAGCUCUUCAGGGUGGCAGAGGAACACGCUCCUUCUAUCGUCUUCAUCGACGAGAUUGACGCCAUUGGAACUAAGAGAUACGACUCAAACUCAGGAGGUGAACGUGAAAUUCAGAGAACCAUGUUGGAGCUCCUUAACCAGCUGGAUGGCUUUGAUUCGCGUGGAGAUGUGAAGGUCGUUAUGGCUACCAACAGAAUAGAGACCCUUGACCCUGCUCUUAUUAGACCGGGUCGCAUCGACCGUAAGAUUGAGUUCCCAUUACCAGAUGAGAAAACCAAGAGAAGGAUCUUCCAGAUCCACACCAGCAGAAUGACUUUGGCUGAGGAUGUGAUCUUGGACGACUUCAUCCUGGCUAAAGAUGACCUUUCAGGAGCUGAUAUUAAGGCCAUCUGUACAGAAGCAGGCCUCAUGGCCCUCAGAGAGCGCAGGAUGAAGGUCACCAACGAGGACUUCAAGAAGUCUAAAGAAAAUGUUUUGUAUAAGAAGCAGGAGGGCACCCCUGAAGGCCUCUAUCUCUAAUCUUCACUUUUCAUUUCUUUGUUUAUAUGUGAGUGCAGAGCAUUUGGAUUAAAUUUACACAUGUUUUUGUCUGCCGAUUUGUUUUUUUGUUAUUGUGAUCAGAAUACUACAGCUGGAUCAGAGGUAUUUAAUUGUUUGUUUCUUUUUUAUAGCCCUCAGAAGGUUUUUUUUUUAAAUCGAAAAUACAGUAAAAACAGUAAUAUUGUGAAAUAUUAAUGGAAUGUUAAAAUAAAUGUUUUUGUAUCUUAA